AUGGUGGUGGAGAGUAGUUUCUCCAUAGAAGAUAGCAAAUAUGAUGAUGAUGGUCACAUAAAAAGAACAGGAACAUGGAUAACUGCGAGUGCACACAUAGUAACUGCUGUUAUAGGAUCCGGAGUGUUGUCGUUGGCAUGGGCCGUCGCUCAGUUGGGUUGGAUCGGAGGGACGGUCGCUCUUCUACUCUUCUCACUCAUCACUCUCCUCACUUCGAUUCUCAUGACUAAUUGUUAUAGAUAUCCAGAUCCGGUUCAUGGCACUAGAAACCCUACUUACAUGAAGAUGGCCAAAAGUAUUUUAGGAGGAAUUCAAUACAAGUUUUGUGGUGUGGCUCAGUACGUAAGUCUUAUAGGUUGUACCAUUGGUUACACUCUAACAGCUUCCAUCAGUAUUGUGGCUGUAAAAAAAUCCAAUUGCUUUCAUAAGUAUGGCCAUGAAGCAGAUUGUGAUACUGCCAAUUAUCCAUAUAUGGCUAUCUUUGGGAUCUUUCAGAUUUUUCUAAGCCAAAUUCCAGACUUCCAUGAACUUUCAUGGCUCUCUAUUGUUGCUGCUGUCAUGUCUUUUGGUUAUGCUUCCAUUGGUUUCGGUCUCUCCUUCGCGAAAAUUGCAGAACCCGGACACCAUGUCAAGACCGGUCUUACAGGGCUUGUUGUCGGAGUUGAUGUCACGAGUUCAAAGAAGUUGUGGAGUACAUUACAAGCAAUCGGAAACAUAGCUUUUGCAUAUUCUUUUAGUAAUGUAAUUGUUGAGAUACAAGACACAUUAAAAUCAAGUCCACCAGAAAAUCAAGCAAUGAAGAAAUCAGCAAUCACUGGAGUUACAAUUACCACAUUAUUUUAUGCAUUAUGUGGUCUUUUAGGCUAUGCAGCAUUUGGGAAUAAUGCGCCGGGAAACUUUUUAACUGGAUUCGGUUUUUAUGAACCGUUUUGGUUAAUUGACAUUGCUAACAUUUUCAUCGUUAUUCAUCUGGUUGGAGCCUAUCAGGUAUUUGUACAACCUGUAUAUUCUCUUGUGGAAAGUUGGGGUAGUAAGCGUUGGCCAAAAAGUACAUUGAUGGCGAAAGAAUAUGAUGUGAGAAUUCCAUUGGUUGGUAUAUGGAAAAUGAAUAUGUUCAGGGUGAUAUGGAGGACAAUAUAUGUGAUAAUCACAACAUUGAUUGCCAUCUUGCUUCCAUUCUUCAACAGCAUUGUGGGUUUGCUAGGAGCUGUAACAUUCUUUCCCUUGACUGUGUAUUUUCCAAUAGAGAUGUAUUUGGCACAAGCUAAGGUUCCCAAGUACACUGCUACAUGGAUUGGAAUGAAACUUCUAAGUGGAUUUUGCUUCAUUGUGAGUCUCGUUGCUGCAAUUGGAUCAAUUGAAGGAAUCAUCACAGAACUCAAGACUUAUAAGCCUUUUGACUAA